AUGGAAGAAGGCAGAUGUGAUUACACAAUCAACAAAUCAUCAGUUAGACUGUUUGCCGAUGACUGCGUCCUGUACAGGGAAAUCAAAAACACCACAGACGCAGAUCUACUCCAAGAAGAUCUGGAGACCCUACAAGCAUCAAACAUCAACCACAAACUGAACUGGAAUACCCACAUAGACCAAGUAGUGAGGAAAGCCAACAACACCAGGGCUUUUUUGCAGAGAAAUAUAUAUCAAUGCCCACGCAAGUCCAAGGAACUCUGCUACAAGACCCUUGUGAGACCACAGAUGGAGGCGGCCAGGUUUGUUACUGGUGACUCCCAUCGAACCACCAGUGUAACAAACCUAUUACACCAACUGCAAUGGCCAACCCUACAAGAACGCAGAGCUAUGAACAAAGUCAUAAUGAUACUAUGUAACAACAUACUGGGUCGAACAGAACAGUCACCUUUGGGACCAUUACACAACACAGGGAUCGAGGACUACACAUCAUCUAGAGGGAUGGCACAGCAAGCUGAAGAAACAUUUACAGCACCCACAUCCAAACAUCUUUAA